AUGAGUCGACGUGUAUCGAAAGUCGAACUUCCUCAUGGCAUUCCUCCAGUUGAUGGACUGGACGAUGAUGGCAUGGACGAGUUUUUGCGUCAAGAGGCCGCUUACCGUAAGGAGUUUGAGCCUAUAGCGCCCUGGAAGCGUGACGACAUUCCGGACUAUGGGCCGUUACAGGACCGUCACCAUGUGCUCAUUUUUGGCAUUGUGGGUAUCGCCUGUACUAUUUUCUACGAGACGACGGAUUAUUUCAGUGAAAUCAACCGAUGGCUGGCUUACAUUGCUAUCUGGUUUCCGUUAUGGUUCCGUCUACUUGGCCGCGUGUCACCGGCAUUAACUGAUGAAGAGCUAGACGCGAGAGAACGACGUGACUUUGAAAAAGACUUGCAGAGAAUCGCAGAAGGAAAAGAUGAAGUCGAUAAUUGA